AUGCCAUGCAUAGAUGGACUUGAACACCUCCUAUGGAAGUGCGAGAUCGGCCGAAAUCCUGCAGAGAUCUGGAAGCCCGAUGGAUGGAGGUUCACCCCCGACUAUGCCACACCAGUGGGAAAGGAACACGAGGAGUCUGGUAGACUCCGCAAGGAAAGCCCAGUCCUUGUCUACACAGCAGCGAGCACGGCUCACAUGGAAUCAGAAGUCAUGUUGACGGAUUUACCUGACAGGCUCUCUUCAUCUGCACUUGAAAAGAACAUUAAGGAGGCUGAGGCGCUGAAGGCUCGCGCUGAACGUCAGCUGGAAGCCAUACUGAAGGAGACCGUCAUGCUUGAAGAAGAGACUUCACGCACUGAAGCUAUCCAUGAGAAGAUGAAGGAUCCUCUUCAGGUUGCCGAAGAGAAUAUUAUCAUCAGGAGCAAGAGACCUACACGCGAGCAAACUCGUGAUGCCGUAGAGAGAUCUUUGAACGAGCAGAUCGCUGGAGCCAAGCACUCGAUUCGCAUGCUCGGAGGAGUUCUUGAUGCAUGCGACAAAGAGCUGGCCAGGUUGAAAGUUUGCCGUGAGAAGCUUGAGGAAGACAUCGACCAGAAGCGCAUUGCUCUCGAGGUUGACAACGAAGCUCUUCGCAUGGAGUCAGGUUGGGCUGCGAACAUCCAGUCCAAGAGGUCGCCAUCGGCUUCUCUUCCACACAUGUGGCGUCAGAGGACGGAGAACCUGUGUGAAGAGUGUGAGCGUACCAGGGCCACGUGCGAGAGGCUGAGAGCAAAGAGCAAAGCCAUCCAAGAAGAGGCUCUCAACGUGGAGCGAGAGACUAGGGAGGCUGUUCUGCGAAACUUCGCGCGCAAGAUGGAGGAGACUGAUCGCCUCAAGUCAGAGCUCGAGGCAUCGAUUGCCAACGUCUCGAACGAGAUCAUCACCAUGGAAGACGCUAGGGCCUCGGUGGAGCAAAGCAUGAACGAUAAGCACGGGCCUUUGGCGCUUGCUAAGUCAAGGCUCAGCUUCCGAACCAGCAAGCCCGGCAACGAGAUCGUGAGAGACGCUGCCGAGAGAUCGCUCGAGAAGGAGAUCGGCGAUCUCGAACACUCCAUCCGAAGGCUGCAGUUGGAGAUGGCGCGCCAGACUGCUGACAUCCACCGUCUGGAGCAGACAAGAGCUCGUCUCGAAUCAGACUUGAAGGAUAAGAUGGACGCUCUCGCGCUGGAGCAGGAAUGCGAAGCUUUGCAGAUGGACCUGAGCGCUCGGAUGAAGUAG